AUGGGAGAAGCAGAAGCUGUUCAAACAGACGAAAAACAGGCUGAUUCUGGUAUCAGUCCAGUUGAAGAGUCGGUCAUAUGGAGCCAAGAGGUGGAGGUGUGCCUUUUCCAUGCUAUGUUGGGUCACAAACCCGUUGGAGUAAAUCGUCACUUUCACAUGAUUUGCAUACGUGAUAAAUUCAGUCAGAAUAUUGGGAGACAAGUAUCGUCAAAAGUCAUAUGGGACCACCUUGGAACAAUGUAUGAUAUGCAAGCUCUGCACGAAUCAGAAAUCUUGCCCUUUCCCAACUCUGAGAAGAGUUUUGUUCUGCCAGAUGAAAUUAUACAAGAUGUGAAGGAAGGUAAGCUGGGAGCAGAAGAGGAAGUGAAAGAAGAAAUUAAAGAAGAAAGAGACCCGCCUGCAACACACGAAGAAGGUCUGGGUCCCAGUUUGGCUGGCCAGGAUAUUGAGAGGCAGCAACUCCUCAGUGAAGAUGACCGAAAAGCCCAGCAGCAAAGACAAGGAGAAAGACAAAGAGAGGGGUUCAAGUGAUAGUGGGACGGACAAGAGGAAGAGGAACCGUGUGACUGAGAAGGUGCUCAGCUCCAACAGUAACCCCUCCAGCCCCGGUGGAGCCAAGCGUCGCCGAACGUAGCCAGUAGGGGUCUCUGUCGAGCUGCCACUGCCGUCGGCCGUGACGCAGCGGGAAAACCUGCACUCAGUGCUGUUCUGUGAGGCCGAGGGUUGUGAAGAGUGUGUGCUAGAAUGCGUCAUAGCAUGGAGACUGAGAAUCUCUGCAAGAGGCCUGAUAUCUGCUUGGCGGCAGUGGACACUCAAGUGUUUUGAAUAUUCCAUUCAAUCACUGGGGAAAAGCAGAGCUGUAGACCCACAGACGGAUAGCUUCUGUCCAAGGCAAACGCAAUUGUAAUUUUGCUGAUUUGCUCGAUGAUGCUAUUUGUGUUAUGGUGGGCUGUUCUGUCAUACUGUGAAAGGUUUAUUGUAGGUACUACUGCUGGUAGCUAGCAUUGUCUGUGACCCAAAUGUCACUGAAGACUUAAAUUGAAAAUGAUGACCCCGUUUGGUUUAUAGUUGAAGAAAUGGCUGACUGCUUCCUACAAAAAUCAACUGUUGUAGUUACUGUAGUUGUAGGAUUGCUUCAUUGCUUGUGCCCUACCUGUUUCCUUAAGAAGGGAUUGAGACAUUUGAAAAUCUAUGGCACUGAGUAGCCACACUUUACUUCCAUCUUCCCUUGAAGUUAACCUGAUAAUUGCAACUAAUUAUUCCAUAUCAUUUACACAGUUGUGAAUUUAUGCUUGUUGUUUUCCAGUAGCACAGAACUGGGGGAUGGACUGAAGUUUUCUUUCACUAAGUUUUCCUUCUGCCUGUAGACUUGACAUGACCCCUGUCAUAACCAUUUAUGUGAAUUUUGGCAAAAACUUGACAAAUCGUUGCAGACUUCACAACAGUAACGCAUUGACCUUAUAUGUAUCAUAUAUAUGUGACAACACCGUAUACCACAUCUAUUGCACACUGUUGAUAGAUUGGCGUAGAUGGAUGUUUAAAUAUGCAUGCAUGCAUGGUCUUGUGUUGUUAUCAUCUUAUCAACAUCACUUGCUAUACAACUGCCAGGGUAUUUGCCAUUGAAACGUGAGUGAUUAUGAAUAGUUCUUCAGGGGCUGUGUCGUGAGUAUGAUACAGUAGAGGGUUGUUAGUGAAAUCAAAAUGGUACAACAUGGUGGACCUUAAACUGACAUGACAGCUGUAGUGUAGGACAGUCACUGAUCAUUUCUUCUGUUUUCAUUAAGUACUGUUUGAAGGCUGACUACUUGAUAUGUGAUUAUACCCUGUAAUAUAGCCAGUAAUCUUAAAUGAUGUUUUUUUAUUUAAAAUUUUAAACUCCCAGUCAAUUUUCACUGUGUUCAUUCCAGAAUGAAUAAAUGGGAGGUUGAAGUGCAUGUUGGGAUGUAAUGAUGGUUUAAUUGUUUUUGCGAAACAUUUAUGGGUUUGUUAUAUCUGACAAUUAGUCUGUAGAUGAACAACAAUAGAACACUUGUGCGACUAACCAUCCCUUCAUAAAAAACGAAAUUCAAGAAUAAUUGCACUCAUUCUUUAUAUUGGCUUUGGACCUUUUAUGUUUGAACUUUAUCAUUUGAUUUUUUUAUUUAUUUACCAUGCUCCAUGCUAAUGUCUUAUUAAAUUUUAAUUUUA